CGCCGCGCCGAAGGUUUCGGGGUUUGCACCACCCUACUGGGUCUGCGGACUCGAGGACGCGGGGAGGAGGCGAGACGCUCUCCCUUCCCCACUGCGACUCACAGCAGCGGGGUUCUAGUCUCUAUUUCUCUGCCCACUCGAUGUGUUAUCUCGGGCAACUUUCUUUCCCUCUCCGGGUCUUUGUUAAAUGAGGGAGGUGUUGGUGUUGGCUGAUGCUUUGUCGUGUUCUGAGUUCUAAACCGCGAGCAGUGUUUUGGCAUCCGGCAAGCUCCCUUCUUCAGAUCCCCACCUAUAAGAGCCAGCUCCGCUGCCCAGGGAACCCAGUCUUCAGGAAGCCGAGGUACCCGGUAUCACAAGAUGUUCAGGUGCUGCAGCCUCUCCUCAAGUUGAUGACCCAGACACAGGGAGAAUCAACUGAGUCUGAGACUGGUCCAGAGUGGGAGUGUGAGUAGGAAUGCCACUGUGGGAACAAGUGAGCUGUCUGGCAAGGAAUGCAGCGUCCUUCUGAGAGCCUCCUCUCCACGUCAUUCCCCAGACCACCGCUUCCUCUCUGGAAGGACCAAGGAGGACUUUGCAAUCAGCCACCUGAAACUUUUGCCGGGCCAACGUAAGACUUGCGCUGCAGAACUGAACGAGAUAUUACUUCGUUUAGUUUUUUGCAUCUUCUGAUCAUUGAACAACAGUCAUAGUUGUUUUGCUUUGAGAACUAUAAGCCAGAUUGGUUGCUCUUAUUUUUGUGUAUAAUUUUCAUAAUGAUUGACUUGAGCUUCCUGACAGAGGAGGAGCAAGAAACCAUCAUGAAGGUUCUGCAGCGGGAUGCUGCCCUGAAGAGGGUUGAAGAGGAGAGAGUCAGGGAGGUCAGAAAGAGCAGUUUGAAGAAUACUAAGAAGUCUAGAGUACUGGCAAGUAGAGUCCAGGGACAUUUGCCUGAAAAAAUUAAGGAUGACCAACAGUUGAAGAAUAUGAGUGGUGAGUGGUUUUAUGAAGCCAAGGCAAAAAGGCACAGAGACAGAAUUCAUGGUGCAGAUAUCAUCAGAGCAUCCAUGAGAAAGAAGAAGCUCCAGGUAGCAGCCGAGCAGAGUAAGGACAGAGCAAAUGAGGCAAAGGCAAGUUGGGUGAAUAACGUCAACAAAGAUGCUUUCCUCCCCCCAGAACUAACUGGUGCUGUGGAUGAGCCAGAAGAUGUCGCCCCAGCAAGCCCAAGUUCUAGCAUGGUGAAUCCAGCCUCCACCGUGAUGGAUACAUCCCAGGAAAACACAAGGAAGUCAGCUGUGUCUCUGGCUAAGCAAAGGAAAAAUCCGUUUAAUAGCUCCAAGUUGCCAGAAGAUCACUUAUCUCAACAAACCAAAAGUGAGCUGUCACAAAAUGGAAAGGCUGGUUUCUCUCAGACUUCAAAAGAAGGUGAAUUGUCAGAGUCAAAAGAAAACUCAUCUAUCCCAGAUACUUCAAGCCAAAAUUUAGAGAAACCAAAGCAAACAUUUCCAGGCUCUGAGAAUGGAUCUCCGGUCAAAGCUCCAAUCCCCAAAGCCAGGAAAAUUCUCCCCAAAUCACAUGAGUUAAAGCAAGAAGAUAACCAGUCUUUUCCUCGACAAAGGACAGACUCCCUAAGCACAAGGGGGGUUCCCAGGGGGAUCCUGAAACGCAACUCUAGUUCCAGCAGCACAGACUCGGAAACAGUUCGUUUUCAUCAGAACUUGGAACCCAAAAGCAAAAUUGUGUUCCCUGGCCUCACCAUCCAUGAGAGAAUUUCUGAGAAGGAGCAUUCUUUAGAAGAUGACUUCUCAAACUCCCUGGAGCCAUUGAAGCAUGUGAGAUUUUCUUCAGUGAAGGAUGAGCUCCCCCAGAGUCCUGGGCUAAGCCAUGGCCGGGAAGUAGGAGAAUUUAGUGUUUUAGAAUCUGAUAAGUUAAGGAAUGGAACGGAGGAUAAUGUGGACAUUGAUGAGUUCUGGAAUGACCCUAAGCCUUCCCAAUACAGGAAGCCUUUGCCUUUACAUCAGUCAGCCUCAAGCCCAAGUGCAUCAAAAAAUGGAACACAGCGGCCAAUGACUUCUGGUUCUUUUCCAAUGAAUGGGCACCAUUCUCCCUUAGAAGUUUUAACUCCAAGACCAGAGUCUGUUGAAAAUGCAUCCACCACCAAUGAACACAAAGCUAAACCAUUAGAAUUAUUAAGGCUUGAAUCAGAAUUGUCCAAAAACCCUGCUGAUGGACUGUCUUGUGUUGAGCCUGAGCCAUCUCAGGUGCCAGAUCACAGUUCUAGAGACUGUCAGCAAGGUAAGCCCCCUCUUCUCAAGGCCCUAAAAGCUAGGACGUCCUCACACUCUGGUCCAUUUGCCACUGAGAUAAGGAAGACAACUGACGAUUCCAUAUCUAAAGUCCUAGACUGGUUUAAUCGGAGUUCUCAUUCAGAAGACAAUAAGUCACCUCUCCAACAUCCCCAAAGAAUGGAGCUGAAAGAAGAAACACACUCAGAAUCACCAGUUGCUACUGCCUUGGUGAGAGAUGACACCAUUCUAAAAGAAAAUGGCUCAAAGGCUCUGUUACCCACCAAAGUUAAAUUGAUGCCUAUGGAAUCUGAUUCAAUGUUCCAGGGAAAGGGAAAUACACUGCCUUCUAGGACUUGCCAAAAUAAUAAUGUGAAUAUCAAACCCAAAUCCAUUGAUUUGUCCCAACAAGGCAAGGAAGGUCCAGCCAUAUUUCAACCAUGUGAAAUCUAUGGCCCAAAUCAAGGGAGUAAAACUAUGGACUCUAGCCAAGUUUCAAAAAAUAGAGGAGAAGGAAAUCGAGUACUUACCCCAAUUAGUUACUAUUCCUACAGGGCUCUCAAAGGACCUGAUGCAGAAGACCAAGUUCCAUGCAACAUUAAGGAUGUUGGCAGCUUAGAUGAAGAAGAGCCUAAGCUUCAUGUUUAUGAAAAAAAUAGAGGAAACUCAGAAGUGAAUUUUGACUCUUCAAUACUUGUCAAAAAAACAAGUUUGAAAGAGAACAUGAGGGCAGAGAGAGAGAGCAAAGGAGGAGAUCCAUACGUCCUGAAAGCUUCUUUAGAGCCAGAGAAUAUUGAGUCACUACACGGGGCUACCAAAAACAAAUCCUGGAAGAAACCUGAGGUCCAGUUACAAGAAGCUGGUGAGGUUCACAAGAACCAAGUGCAAAGAGAGAAAUACAAAAGAGUAAGUGAAAGAAUAUCUUUCUGGGAAGGUGAGAAAGCUGCUGCUAAGUUAACUCAUAAAGAACCCACAUUGUCAUGCAGUCAAGGGCAACCCUUGGCUAAAGCAUAUCAGCCUGUGAAGUCCAUGGACAGUUUAUCUACAGGCCAGUGUGAAUAUAAUCAAGUCACUAGCAAACAAGUGGUCCUAGAUGAGAAUGGCCACACAGCCCAUCUCUCCAGUUUUUAUUCCCCGAAUAAACCUAAAGAGACCAGGCCCCAGAUAUCCGGUCCAUCCAAAAAUUAUCCUUCAGUUGACCAAUCAGGUGAAGUGUCUCCCUUUCAGAAUAAGAUAAAUGAGCCUAUAAAAAGAUUGCCAGUGGCAGAGAGUUGGCAUUAUGAAAAGGAUAUUACUUUACUGGCUGGACAACAUCCUUCAAAUAUUGGGAGUGGAACGCAUACUCCUUUGGAGAAAGACAAAUCUCUAAUCAGUGAAUCAAAUCCCAACUUUAAAGUUAAGUCCCUAAAAGAAAGAAUGGUUGAAUCCAAUACAGAACAGGUCUAUAAUCACUCUCAAUUUGAGAAUUUGAGAAAGUUUUGGGACUUAGGAGCCAAUCCAAACAGUCAAGAAAAUGUUGAGAAGAAUACUAACACAAUAAGUCAAAAAUAUUUGGUGCCUUUUAAUAGCCAGAAACACAAAGAAUUCAGUGACAUUAAAUCAUCAGGAAAGAAUACCCAUGAAAUAGGGAUACUUCGAGGUAAAAAAAAAAUUCUGGUAAGAGGGAAAAUAGAGAAAUCAAAUUCAAAGUGCACACGCCAGGUGUUAUCAGAUGAAACCACAUUUCCAAUGGGACCAUCCAGAAAGUCGUCUCAUCAUUUGCCAGGAAAUGAGUCAUCAAAGGAAAAUGUGGAAAAGAGUACAAAAUGGUUUGUUACGCCAGUGUUUGAGGAAGAAAAGGAUUACUCAGACCAAGAGAUUCAAGAAUCCAUAGUUAAAACAAGUGUUUUGUCUAAAGACUACAAAGACACUUUUAAUGACAGCUUACAGAAGCUACUUUCAGAAGCUUCAUCACUAGCCAUGCCUCCUUUGGGUGGAAAAGUUCAUGGAAAACAAAUGUCUGAACCAGAUAUUUCUGGAAAUAAAAGAUGGCCUCAAAAUACAGAUUUUGCUGAGACUGAAGAAGAUGACAAAGGACAUAAGGAGACCAUUAAUGAGCAUGUAGACAAAACAGUAGCUCCUCUAAAGGUUAAGCCAAACACUUUGACUGCUGGUCUAGACAAACUCCUAAAGGAAGCAUCUGGAACUUCACCCUGUCCCUUGCCAAUUGUGUUGGAACCUGUUACCACUAGAAUCAACUCUGAACCUGAAGAGGGUAGAGUUUAUGAAAAAGGGAUAGAAUGGAGUCGCAGCACAUCAGCCUAUCAGAAAGAGAUAAUAGCUCCUUUUCCAAAGGGGAACGAAACUUUGGUAAAUACAGUUCUCCCCCAGAAAACUGAAAGUGGUGAGUGCCAACUAAGCACAGGCGACUUAUUUCAGGUGGCCGCAGAAUGUUCUCACCUAUCGGGUCAACCUUCCCAUCUUUACAGAAAAGAUUCUUUUGGGGAUGUGGCCAACUCUCCCCAAGAGAUGCCUUCUUCCAGGGAUGCUCAUCUUGCUCCCCAGGAUAAGGCAUUACCUUUGCGAAGGGAAAUUUCAGAGACCGCAGAAAAAGUCAUUCUUCCUCCUAAAACUGCCUCGAAUGAUGUAAAUGCUGUAUUACAAAAGAUACUGAGAGAAGCUUGUUAUCCAGUUGGGAGGGAAGUAGUUCCUGGAGAAGUACAAGCAGAAUUUCCUGAAGGAGUACAGGCAGCAGGUAGCCCCCAAAAUUCUACACCAUGGGCUACAAUGGACAUUACAAUGCCAGACAGAAAUGAUUUCUAUUCCUUCAAUGUAGUGCCUGAUAAAACUCAUAACGUUGGAUCUUAUUUAGCUGCCCGAGUACCUCCAUCAGAACAAACCUGUUGCUCAUGUGGUUCCACUGUUAGUCAGCCUGGCAAAGAGUUACCUCAGGAAGUGGCAGAAAUUGUGAGGGAAACAGUUAUUCAACCUAAAUCAGAGUUCCUAGAAUUCAGUGCUGGCUUAGAAAAACUACUGAAGGAAGUAAUUGAAACCCCCUCCUCAAAAUAUGAAAGUGAUCCAGGGACUCUUUCUCCAUCAAAGUUAACAGGUAGGGCUGAGGUGUCCAGGCAAGCUGCUUCUGAAUUCCAUCCUGAGGAAAUCAAAGAAAUAGUAAAAAAGUCUGAGGCUCCAUUAAUCACUGAGAGUGCUUUUGAUAUUAGUUUUGAGAAACUUUUUAGAGAAACAUCUGAAGCUCCUUCUUACCAGCUCCAGGUGUCAGUGAAGGAAGAAAAGCCUGAGAAGGAGCCUUCCCAGUCAGAGCAGGCCAGUUUCUUGAGGACAGUACCCCAUUUUGACUGGACAGCCUCAGAGGCCUCUGAAAUGAAGCUUAUGAGUAAUGUUUUCAAAUCGCAAGUCAACCAGUGUGAUGAAGUGUUGGGAGGUGACGAAGCUGUGACUGAUUUAUCGGUAGAUCUUCGUGGUUCUGAAAGUGGGGUUGAGAUCCCUGGAACCCUGCAGUUCUAUGUGGAACAUAAAAUAGGGAUCACUGAAACUAUAUACCCUGCAGAGGACAGGGAUAGUGAAAGUGAGGUUGCAGGGGUUCAAGAAGGGGCUUCUCAGGAGCCUGGCUUGGAAGAGGCUCCUAAAGCAAUUAGUAUGUCCAGAAAUAGGCAACCCAUUCCUCUCCUGACAAACACAGAGAAUGCUACAGAAACAAUUUACGUCAAAUUGAUUCUGGCAUCACCAUGUAAGAGAAUAGAGAAAAAAGAAGAAAAAGAUUUCUCUGACUCUGAUUUUUCAGGUGGCGACAUGAGUUCCAAUGCAGAAAGCUGGAGAAAAACCUCCAGUUCAGAGGAAGAACGCAGUCCUGUCUUGAAAACUUUGGAAAGGAGAGCUGCUAGGAAAAUGCCUUCCAAAAGUCUAGAAGACAUUUCAUCAGAUUCACCAAAUCAAGCAAAAGUAGAUAAUCUGCCAGAAGAAUUAGUACGUAGUGCUGAAGAUGUUUCCACAGUGCCUUCACAGCCUGAUAAUCCGUUUUCCCACCCUGACAAACUCAAAAGGAUGAGCAAGUCUGUUCCAGCAUUUCUCCAAGAUGAGAGUGAUGGCAGAGAAACAGAUACAGCCUCAGAGGGCAGUUACCAGCUCAGCAGACACAAGAAGAGCCCAAGCUCUUUAACCAAUCUUAGCAGCUCCUCCAGCAUGACGCCCCUGUCUUCUGUGAGCGGCAGCGUGAUGAGCAUUUACAGUGGAGACUUUGGCAAUCUGGAAGUGAAAGGAAAUAUUCAGUUUGCAAUCGACUAUGUGGACUCACUGAAGGAGUUACAUGUCUUUGUGGCCCAGUGUAAAGACUUAGCAGCAGCGGAUGUUAAAAAACAGCGCUCAGACCCAUAUGUAAAGACCUAUUUGUUACCAGACAAGGGCAAAAUGGGCAAGAAGAAAACACUUGUAGUGAAGAAGACUUUGAAUCCUGUGUAUAAUGAGAUAUUGCGGUAUAAAAUCGAAAAGCAAAUCUUAAAAACACAAAAGCUGAACCUCUCUGUUUGGCAUCGGGAUACAUUUAAACGCAAUAGUUUUCUAGGAGAAGUGGAACUUGACUUGGAAACUUGGGACUGGGACAACAAACAGAAUAAACAAUUGAAGUGGUACCCUCUAAAGCGAAAGACAGCACCCGUUGCUCUUGAGGCAGAAAACAGAGGUGAAAUGAAGUUAGCUCUCCAGUAUGUCCCAGAGCCAAUUCCUGGUAAAAAACUUCCUACAACGGGAGAGGUGCACAUCUGGGUGAAGGAAUGUCUUGAUCUACCACAGCUAAGGGGCAGCCAUCUAAAUUCUUUUGUUAAAUGUAUCAUCCUUCCAGAUACAAGUAGGAAAAGUCGUCAAAAAACCAGAGCUGUAGGGAAAACCACCAGUCCUGUCUUCAACCACACCAUGGUGUAUGACGGGUUCAGGCCUGAAGAUCUGACAGAAGCCUGUGUAGAGCUUACUGUCUGGGACCAUUACAAGUUAACCAACCAGUUUUUGGGAGGUCUUCGGAUUGGCUUUGGAACAGGCAAAAGCUAUGGUACUGAAGUGGAUUGGAUGGACUCUACUUCAGAGGAAGUUGCUCUCUGGGAAAAGAUGGUAAAGUCCCCCAACACUUGGAUUGAAGCAACGCUGCCUCUCAGAAUGCUGUUGAUUGCCAAGAUUUCAAAAUGAACCCAAAGUCGACUGGCCCCUCCACUGAAAACUACUAAACAGGUGGAAUCAGAUCUUGAAAAUCUGACCGUGUAGACAGAUGCUCACCUGCUGCCCCUUGCCACUAACGGAGGCUACACAGCAUGUUAAAGUCAACCUGCAUAAGCUUCUUUCGUUAUAAGCCCCCCAAGAUUUAAGUAAGAAGUAUGUAACCUAUUUGUGACUUCAACAUUAAAGGAAUAUUUGAGAAAGCUAGGAAAAUCAAACGGUUGAUGCUGCUUCAGAGAAAAAGCCGUCAAGGAGAUUAAAUGUUGGGUGCUUUUAAGCAGCAAAAUAUUCUAGUUUGCCAUCCUGUGUUUCACACCACAUGCCAUGCUGCAGUUAGGAGGGCUUGCUACUCAGUGGUUGAAGAUCCUCGCAGGAACUGAAAAUACGUAGUUUUUGGAAAAGAGGGAAAGAAAAAUACACCUAGAAGGAGGGGGAAAUGCAGAAUAUUCGUGAUAAUAAAGCAUUUGACCAUAAGAAAACUAUUUACUUUGUAAUCUCUAUUAAAAUAUGGAAUUCUGGGUUAGGGCCAUAGGACUGAAUCUACCGCAUGUAUUUCUGCCUUUGAAAGUGCUUUCUGCUUUCCCAGCAUCAAAGUCUCAGAUAUGAUUUGGUGCCACCCACUGGCUCAUAGGUGGAAUUCAGCUUUUGGCUUAAUUUUCUCCUAAGAUCUCAAGCCUGUAUUUUCCAAUAGACUGUAAAAAAACAAAACCAAAACCUUACAUACAUGAUUCUGUUUUUCCUAGAACUCUACUAUAUGAAAUUAGCAUGCGAGUGCUCACAGACAAGCUUUGCAACAAAGUUUUAAUUAGAAUGUAAACUGUACUUCCUAUGUAUGUAUAAUUUUCAUAAAGUAUUUUGUAAAAACCCUUAGAAUAAAUUAUUAUAU